CUGAGGGUUGGAAUAUAAAUUCUCAUGGAAGAGAGAAGAACUCUUUCUUGUGUAUAGCACUUCUCAGCUUUCAAGAUUCCUCUGAAAAUUGCAAUUUGUUACUUCACAGACACAGAGUAGGGCUUGGGAAGCAUGGGGCAUUGAGGUGACUUAGUCCAACGGAGUUGGAACCAGUAGGAGAAUCCAGAUCUCAUGUAGGAAGCCCAGUGUUUUCUUGGCAAAUUACACAUCAAAUGUGGCCCUACUGAUGUUUUACAGGUGACAGGUACUAGAUGUCUGAAGAGAUGCAAAAUACCAUGGUGAAAAUAAGAAAGAAUUGAAAUGAGUACAGGGCAAAAGUUCCAAGGGCAUGCUGCACAGUGACGAUUUUGUUCUAAGAAAGUCAGAUCACAAGCCUUUCGUGAUUAAUGAGUAUCAUUCUUUAUCCCAGGAAGCUGUUGCUUACUGAAUGGAUGUCCUCAGGCCUCCCAACAAUGUGACAGAAUUUGUUCUCCUGGGACUCACACAGAAUCCACAUGUGCAGAAAAUCCUCUUUAUUGUCUUUCUGUUCAUUUUCCUCUUCACUGUGCUGGCCAACCUGCUCAUUGUCAUCACCAUCUCCCUCAGCCCCACGCUUUCUGCUCCCAUGUACUUCCUUCUCACUUACUUGGCCUUAUUAGAUGCCUCCUUCACAUCUGUCACCACCCCCAAACUGAUUGUUGACUUACUUCAUCAAAGAAGAACCAUCUCCUGGGGAGGAUGCAUGACUCAGGUCUUUUUAGAACACUUCCUGGCAGCAUCAGAGGUCAUCGUCCUCACGGUCAUGGCCUACGACCGCUAUGUGGCCAUCUGCAAGCCUCUGCACUACACGACCAUCAUGCGACAGGGGCUCUGCCAGCUCCUGGUGGUGGUGGCCUGGAUCGGGGGGAUCCUGCAUGCCACUGUGCAGAUUCUUUUCUUGAUGGACUUGACCUUCUGUGGUCCCAAUGUCAUUGACCACUUCACGUGUGAUUUCUUCUCACUGUUGGAACUUGCCUGCAGCGACACCUACAUACCUGGAAUCGUGGUGGCAGCCAACAGUGGGGGCAUGUGCUUGCUCAUUUUUUCCCUGCUGCUCAUCUCCUACAUAGCCAUCCUGAGCUCCCUGAAAUCCCAUGGCUCUGAAGGACGGCGGAAAGCCCUCUCUACAUGUGGCUCCCACUUUACAGUAGUGGUGCUCUUCUUUCUGCCUUCUGUGUUCACCUACACACGUCCUGUGGCCACGUACCCUGUGGACAAGUGGGUGACUGUGUUCUCUGCAAUCCUCAGUCCCAUGUUAAAUCCUAUCAUUUACACAGUGAGAAACGCAGAGGUGAAAAAUGCCAUGAGGGAUCUGAUGAAGAGAAGAGUAGUGUCGGUGUUCAGAAUGCCAAUAAAGUGGUGAUUUAUAUACAUAGGGACAAUUAAG